AUGGCGGCGCCUCCUCCUGCCGCGGGGAAAGCGAGACUCGUGGCCCAGGGCUCCACCAUCUACGACUCGUACCCGCUGAGCCUGCGCACCUUCCUGGCUGACGGCCCGCCGCCCUUCGCGCGCUCCAUCUCGCACCCGGUGGAGAUGGACCCGGCGCACAAGACCAUGUCCGUGGACGACGACGACUUCCUCUCGAACCUGCACAACACCACCUCCUCCAUGGGCAGCAUCGACCUGUCGGAUGGCAACAUGAGAGGAACCACCGCGCGCGCAACAAACCUAUGCACGACGUUCGGAAAGUUCCACAACGAGGUGUUCGAGACCAAGGAGCGCUCCAAGGUGUUAAGCGCGCUGCGGCAUCGUGGCAAGGCCGCCAAGGCCGCGUCCGGCAUGAAGGCGCGCACGCCGGCGCGUCCCGCGGCGCCCUCCACCUUCACCGCCGACGACGUGUUGCGUGCCGGCACGCUCACUAAGCAGGGCAGCUGGCGCCGCAACUGGAAGACGCGAUUCUUUAUCCUGCGCAGCGACUGCCCCAGUUUAUGCUACUUCACCUCGGAGGACAAACUCGAGCUUUUAGGUGAAAUUCCCAUAACCGAGGACACCAUCGUGCUGGACCGCAGCGGCGGGGGCCACGCGCCCUUCCGCUUCCAGAUCCGCACGGACGCCCAGACGCUGCUGCUGGAGGCCGAGAGCCGAGAGAACCAGAAGCGCUGGAUCGAGGCGUGCCAGGAGCUGGCGGAUGCCAUCCGCGCGUCCAAGUACUCGGUUAACACCUCGCUGUCGAGUUUCUCCAUGGACGCCUCUAACCGCCGCUCGUCGCUUUUAGGGGCAUCAACUCGGGCAACAGGUACCGCGGCAAGCGGCAACUCCAGCUCGCAACACUGGGACGACGCAACAGAGAACAGUGGAGUGGCCGACGAACCGUUAGAGAUGCGAACCCGGAGGAUGAACGCGCACCGUCUCACGGCCAGCAGUGCAAGUGGGUCCACCAGGUCCGUCGGGGCCGCCGAAAGUGUUAACGGAGGUCCACGUCGGAUGUACGAUCUGUCCAUCUCAGUGCUCAUGGGGAGACGCAGUAAACUGGCACGGUCCGUGGAGCACAUCACCGCCGCAGACAAAGACAAGGACCGCACCGGGUGCUUCGUGGCCGUGAGUGGCUACAUCCGCACCAGCAACACGUUCGUGGACUUGGGGGCGACAGACGCCGUCAAGUUGACGACGUUGGUGACGGCGUGUGGCGCCGCGUCCGGGGCUUCCGGGGAGCAGGUGCCCGUGCCCUUCUCGGUGGUGAUGACGGCGGAGCUGGAGCGAUACGACCAGCUGAGACUCACGCUCUGCAAGACGCAGCUCACGCAGAGUCCGGGCAGCGUACAGGGGACGAUUGGAGUGGGGAGGUGUCUGCUGGAUGACCAGCUGCUCAACUCGACGCCCUGCGCUGUUGCAGUCACGGAGCGCAGCACGUCGUCGAGGGAGUCGCUGGUGACGAACAACCCGUUGCCUCAGCUCAAGAAGCCGAACCCUGGAGAGCCUGCAGGACCUUUGGCGCCGGGAAGCGGAUCGUCGUCCAGCCUCACGUCAGACAGCGAGAGUGUGCAGCUAGUGGUGCAGGCGUUCCGGUCGGUUCCUCCUCAGAGCGUGCUCCCGACGACUGGCGUGGACAUGGCCAACGCCAAGUACCUGAUCCCGACGACGCUGGCCCCUGGACGCGAGACGGCCAAGAUGGUAAACGGAACGCGGAGUGACUUCCCUGGUAGCAGCCGCGGGAGUGACGUAAGGACGUUUAUGGAGAACGACACGUUCCUCACAGGUUCGGGCUUGGGCGGUCUUAACGACUCGCUUAAUGGCAAUCUGCGGUUCAUUGCGGUGGACGAAAUUCUACGCGUACCCCGCAGCACCUUCGCGCUGCCUGUGGCGUAUCUGGAUUUCCUCGAGGAGCAGGCGUUGGAGCGAUCGCGAUGGUUGCAGAAGCGGAUGCAUGCGAAGGGCCCCGAUCCGCGCACUGCCGAGCGUCUGAACAUCGAGCUGGAGUUUCUGCGUAAGAAGCAGGAGGAGUACCUGAAGCAGCGCCAGUUCCUGAUUCAGCAGGAAAAGCGUUUGCUGGACGAGCAGAGGGACGGCAAGUUCUUCUUGGCUGCGAAGCGAGCGGGCAUGACACCAACACCAAUCGACAGGGAGUCGUUAGGAGCCUCGAGUUCGUCAGUGGCAAGCUCCGCUUCAGCUGCGGGUGGGGAUAGUGGGGAACCCGUGGCGCCAUUCAAGCGCAGCACGUAUAAGAACCUGAACCUGUGGCAGUUUUUGGCCACCAACAUGCAGGAUCAGUUCCUCUGCACGUACAAGCCACCAACGCAGAACAAGCCGAGCCGCAGUGGAGCCAGCGCGCCUCUCUCGUCUCGGCCGUUCGUGUGGCAUACGAUGACGAUGGGCUGCCCCGCAGCGCACACCAAGGGAUUCGCGAAUGGUGGCUACCCUGCGUCGGCUCCUAUCGUAACUGUGGUUCCGACUGGAGCAGCAGAGGACGAGGCGUUGCUGGAAAACAGCUACGAUGGCGAUAUGGCGAGCCCGACGUCACCCUUGUCAUCAUCACGGGGAACCAACAUCGGCGCGUCGUCUACCCCAGCAGCACCCGCUGCUGACGACUCUCUAGCUGCGUUCAAGUUGCGGUUGGAGCUGCAGGACCGUUUGACUGUCAUCGGCAGCCAGAUCCUGUCGGCUACAGCAGCAUGCUUACUAGCAACGCUGGACCUGGCGCUCAGCGGUAGUGCUCUGCACCAAGCGCAGCUGGAUCGCGCCCCGACGUUCGGAUUUCUCAUGAACUUCGAGUCGCUGCUGAGUACGCAAGGCAAGGAGUAUGGCAUGCUCGAGGACUUCGCUGCCGGAGCGCGCUGGUUGCGCAACGUAUUUAUCCAGUUCCGUCGGCACACUACUACCGGCACCUUCUUCUCCCUCAAGAAGUACACGCCUGCAGGCUCCAACUCGAACGACAACGACUGCUUGCUGCUGACCAUGGGCGUUGACGACGACCACAUGUCGGUGCUUCCGAAGUCUUUGGUCUCCGGUGAUGGUGUCGUCCACGUGCGCUGCGUGCUGUUCACGCAGGGGGUCAAUGAGAAGCAGAGUCUCGUCCACGCGUACAAGUCCAGCGCUGUGAAGCUUCAGGAGCGCGUCAAUCGGGACAACCUCGUGGAGCUGAAGCGAGUGUACGCGCUGUAUCGGCGGCUACGUCUCGAAGAAACGGAGAAUCGCGUGCGCGAAAGCCGUCGGAUGCGGGCCAACAGCACGACGCAAUCUGCUGUUGGUGAGGACGCCGAUGAAGCGGCCAUGGCGAUUGACCGACACGAUCUUCAAGCUCUGGACGACCUCCUGCUGCAGAUCGAGCACCACAUCUGCUCCUCCACGAGCCAGUACAAGAAGAACGUGGCUCUGCUGAUGGACUCGUCAGACUUCUGCCGAGCACUGGGUGGAGCGCGUGUGACGUGCUGCAAGAGUGGCAAGGACCGCACGGCGAUGUCCGUGACUCUGGAGCAGGCGCGACUGCUGUGCGCGGAGCUGCAGGCGUCUCAGGGCGCUGCACUCUGCGCCAACAUGCGCUUGUACGGCGUGCGCCGGCGCAACGUCUUUAUGAACACCAAGGCGGACAAGUUCGCCUUCAACGAGAUGCAGCGCAAGAUGCUGCCCGACUGCUACAAACCGCCGGCGGGCACAUACAAGUCUGGCAAGACUUAA